UAUGGGCCUCCCGUGGUAGGCAGGCACUAUUCGACAGCACAGUCAGCCUUCGAAAGCACGAAAGAUCUGCCGGCGUUACGUCAUCUAUCGUCUCAUGCGUCUCGUCUAUGGAUGAGUGUAGGUGGAAGCGGCGCCUGCUGUGGGCGUUGAAGGGCGAUGCGUCGCUGCUGCCGUCGCACAUUGCCAUCAUCAUGGACGGCAACAGGCGGUUCGCACGCAAGAAGCACCUCGGCACUGGCGAGGGCCACCGCUCGGGAUUCAACAAACUGCACGAGGUAGGCGGAUCAGAAUGCAGACACAGACACAGACACAGACACAGACACAGAAACACAGACACACAGACACACAGCCAGACAAGUGUUGUGUGUUGAUCGGUUUCGUUGAUGUUCGUGUCAGACGCUCGAGAUGUGUCUGGAGUUGGGGAUCCGCCACGUGACGGUGUAUGCCUUUUCUGUGGACAACUUCAACCGCUCGGCCGAGGAGGUGGAGGACCUCAUGGACCUCGCUCAGGAGAAACUGUCCGACGUUAUGUGGCAGCGGUCGGUCAGCCUGCACAAGAAUGAAACGAUGACUGACACAUAAUGCAGCCUUGGUGGGUGGCUGCUUGUGUUGUUGGUGUGUGCGUGUGUGCAGCGACUUCCUGCAGGCGAAUGAGGUGCAGAUCCGGGUGGCUGGGGACAUGUCCUUGCUGCGGCCGUCACUUCGCGCAGCCGUCGAGCAGCUCACGCAAGCCACUCAACACCACAGCAAGUGAGUGACUGUGGAAGGCCUUGCACCCAUUCAGUCAUUCGCUGUCGCAUUGUCUGUCAUUCGUCGCUCCUCUCUCCUUUGUGUCUGUUGGCCAGGGCGAUUUUGACUGUGUGUCUGGCCUACGGCUCCCGCCACGAGAUGCACGAGGCCAUGAGGCGCUCAGCAGAGGCACAGCCCAGCCCUUCACCAGCCCCACGCCCAUCGUCGCUCGAGCAGCCCCCCACCCACAACAGCAGCAGCAGCAGCAGCAGCAGCGGCGGCGGCAGGUCCGAUGAGGCUGCGGUCUCUCUCCCCAGUGACGGCAUUGCCCCCUCUUUCGACGCCUUUCUGUAUACUGCGGGUCUGCCGGACCCCGACCUCCUCAUACGCACAUCCGGUGGGUGGGCGGGCGAGAUAGGGAACACCCAUCUGCAGGCAGACAAUGUCUGUUGAUAUGUAUUGUGUGCAGGGGAAACGAGGCUGUCGGACUUCCUGCUGUGGCAGGUGGGUGAGCGAAUUUCGCUUCUUCGAUUUCUUGUCGGGUAUCGUAUCCUGUCUGUCUGUCUUGUCCUGUUUUCAUUAUCUUGGUGUGGACUGCAGGUGUGUGAGCGGACGAGCUUCUACUUCACGCCGGUGCUGUGGCCCGAGAUGACCACCCUGCAGUUCAUCAGCCUCAUCCUGCACUACCAGAUAUUCGCCGACCACCACACCAAACACACAACCACGGCGGGCGCCAAUUAGACACAUUGGCGCCAAUUAGACAAGGUGACUUAAAUCUGGCAAGAUGAGCAGCCCAAGCAGACAGAAGACUUAGUGGGGUGGGUGCGUCUGCUGUGUCUGUUGUGGUGGCUUGGCUUGGUGCAUCCAUCUCUCCAUCCAGCCAAGCGUGCCGUGGGGGUGGGGUGAAUAAUGGGGCGGUACGGCAAACACAUACAGCCGGGGCCAUGGCAGCCACAUCGCUUUCCCUCCUUCCUGCCUGCCUGCCACUCAUGAGCCGGGAGGGGGAGCGAGUGUCUGUGCACUGCAGUGAGUGAUAUCGACACACAUAGAAAUGCGGACUGAGUGGAGUGAGUGUACACCGACUGACUGACUGACGAAGCACUCACUGUCCAGUCAGUUCACUUGCACACGUGCGUCGAGAUCUCUGCAUGGAUUAGAUUAGUACUUGCGUACUGCGUCCCUCCCCUCCCCCAGUCAGUCUCUUCCUUCCCCAUUAAUGGCUCAGGAUGCGUG